UCCACAGUCUUCUCUAGCAGCAAAGUGUUAGUAUUGAAGUAAUAAUGCCGAUGCUGCUAUCUCUGUCUCACUCCCCUUGUGCAUCGAGUAAGCGAGAUAGAGAGGGAGGGAGGAGGGUCUCUUAUUAAGUGCAGCAGAGACAGUGGCUUGUCUCACAGUGCGGGGAGCACAGGCACAUAAGUGAGCUCUUGCACUUCAGCUCUGAUGAUCCUCCAUCUCCCUACAGUAUAAAGACAAAGAGUUAAGUAGAUAUUAGCAAAUCAACUGAUCUACCUAGAAAACAAAUGGAAAACUAUAUAAAGAGGAGUGGAAUAUCCGAACAAGGAUUACAACAUAGCUAAUUUGGAAAGAGGGAACUGCAAGGCUUUUGCUUAGAAAGAAAAGUGGAAUCACAUUAGCCUAAAGGGAAAUUCUACUGAUGUCUUAAAGGAUAAGACUUAGAAGAACAUCAUUAGUAUGUACUAUUUGUCAAUUGCCACCACCUACCCAAUAUCCAGGAAAUGUGGACAUUAUUGGACCUUUGUGUCACCUUGAAACUUUUCAGAUUUCUGUAAAUGAAAUAAAAACAUCUGCUAUUAAGAAACGAUAAAAACAAAAAAGGCAUUUGGGUGAGCAAGACACCCAUCAGUGAAACAUCAAGAGGCAUUUGUGCACCAAGCCAAGGGGUUAUAUCAUGUAGGGCAGAGGAAAUUAAAAAAAAACUUCUCUCUCUAAAUUCAGGAUGGAGAAAUUCCGCCGGGUCCGGACAGUUGAUGAAGAUGAUGGACAGCCUUUGCCUUUCAAGAGCCUUUACCCAGAUGUAGUGAAAAUGAGAGUGAAAGAAGGCAGCAAAAUCCGUAACCUCAUUGGCUAUGCAGCGACCCAUAUGUUGUCAGAGGGAACUGGGCAGAUUGUUUUCAGUGCUUAUGGUAGAGGAGUAACCAAAGCUGUCACCUGUGUAGAAAUACUAAAACGAAAAAUAGGUGGUCUUCACCAGGUCACCAAAGUUGAAUAUAAGACACUGCAGGAGGUAUGGGAGCAGAAGGGACCAAAUGUUCCACAUCCAGCUCCAUGUCUCACUGUUCAAAAAAAUUACCCAUCAAUAAAUAUCCUCCUUUCCAAGGAACCCCUUGACCCGCAAGAGGAGGGAUACCAACCCCCACAGUCAAUGGCCCCUACAGAGACUGGAAAGAGGUUUUCUGAAUCUCAUAUUGAACACUGUACCUCAAAGAAGAGAAAAAGAGAAGAGAAAGACACAAGAGUCUGAGGGAUGACACUAAAGUUUUAAAUAUGGCAAGUUAUACCUCAGGAAAAACAUCUGUUACCUACUAAUGUACUUUUGCAUAGGACAAAGAACAUUCCCAAUAUGUCCUUUUUAAGAAACUCAGUUGCCAUCAUCUUCAUUUAGAUAAUAUCGCAGCACUGGAAAGGGAUCUUUAGCUUUUCCUUUUUUACACUGGUGAUUGAGCAAUCUGAUUGGAAAAUGUAAAUAAAAAUUAAAAAACAAAAUCUACUUUGGCAUGUCCAAUGCCAGAAACCCUUCACCUUCCCUGCUAGAUCUGAUCACUGAGAACUAAAUCUUGUGGCCAGUGUGAGGCCAACUUUAGUGCCGUGUACAAUAAAGUAAUAGAUGGGGCAAUGCUCACAAAAAAAGAAGUAACAAUGUACUAAUUUUUAC